AUGGCUUGGAAAAGUGUCAAAAAUCUGUUUUCGCUUGACACAACCUCCAACAAUGCAUCACACAACAAAAAGAAUGCCAAUGCGUCGUCGCGUAUUGUUCCACGUCCCACCCUUUCGACAGUGACUGAUUCGACAAGCAAACCCCCAAGCUCGAGUUCAUCACGGACCCAUUUUGCAAAUGAUAUUCAUCAACAGCUACGUAACGCCAGCGAACUUCUAUACCUUCAUCUACCGGAGGACGUGAAGUCCGUGUUGGACAAACUGAGAACACUUCAGAACGCCGAGAAAUCUUUGAUAUUUGACCAAAAGAUGGAAAAUGGGGAAUGGCAGUCAUCGCCGAAAGACGAAGACGGCGAUCAUCUCGGCAAAUGUUUUGAUGCACAGCAUAAUUUGUCAUCUCGUCCCUCUUCCUCAAUUAUCCAAGGAGAACAUAACGAAGAAAAUAUGUCAAAUAUGGUCUCCUCCCCAACCACACUUUCUGUUAUACUGGAAACGGUUGAGAAUCCUCAUGAUCAACAACGUAGAAAUUCCCAUUAUUCCACCCGCAGUCGUAUUUCCACCUCCACCUUUCACUCGGACCUCUCUACUUCAUCGUCAAAAAAUUCUUCAUUGCUUAAAGUUCUGAGUGCUUCCACACUUUUAACCACUGUGAUCGGGUCAAUCAUGUCGAUGCACAAUGAUGCGCUUAUGAACAGUUUCACGGAAUCCUCGACGUUAGAUAGUUAUCACUCGUUACAUGAGAAAAUAUCGAACGAGGCGGACGCGAUGUUGAGGUACGUUAGAAAAAUAACCACACAGGGCAAAACUGAAGAAUUGUCGGUGUAUGGCCAGGCUAUAUACGAUAAGUUAGUUGUGCACUCCGGUCGUCUCGUGGAUUCUCUUGAUUCACUUGUAAAUUUUGUCAAUGCGCAUCUGCCCGUACUCCGCGAAGAACGUGAGUCCUUUUUCAAUUGCUUUUUAAUUUUUGAUAUUGCCUCGUCAAAUAUUUCUAAGAUUGUAAAAUUAAAAAAAUCAACCUCGGCAGUAACUUCGAUGAAAUCACAGGAAAAUGUUCUAUUGACAGCCGAAGAACAAGCUUAUCAAAAUUCGAAGAGCAAAAAGUCAAAAAAUAGUCCUCCUGACGAUUCUGAUUAUUCUGGGCGUAGCAGUUUGACAUCUGAACGCGGGCGAUCAUUGUUUUCGUACCAUCAAACAAGCGCCGAAGUUUCAAGGCACAACAGGCAAAUGAGAAACAAGAGUAGAGAUUCAAGUAGCGUCGGUUCACUCGCAUCAAACACUUCUGCUGCCACAGCACCAAUGAUGUAUACCAGGACCAGAAAAAUAGCAUUCUCCGAAGGCUCGUCGUCGCACACAAGCCUCAACUCUAACGUCUUUUAUACCGAUAUUUCCUCUCCAAGCACACCAAGCAGUUUCUGUUCCUUGAACUACCGAGUUCACGGCGGCCACCUGCCUCCUAACCAUGAGCCCUUGUCACCCACAUUAUCUAGUCCGAGUAAAAAUUCAAAAUUUAGAGAACAAAUUGACGAUUCGCCAUCAAGGAUGUUGAUCGACUUGAUUCAUCCCCUCUCUUUGUAUUCUCAUAAAAUUUCAAAGUCAUCAACAUCAUUGGAAGCUCGGCCGGCGAAGAGUAGGGAAUCCGAGGAGAAAGAUGAUGAAAACAAUUCUCCAUCUACCUCGAGAUCUCGAAAAAACUCCCAUUCUAAAAUCAAAUCUUAUUUUUUGAAACACAUCAGUUCUCUGUCUCCGGUCACUUCGAAAGGUAAAAAAACAAGCUAUUGGCCGGUGACCGAAGAUUUGAUGACGCUCGAGUCUAACGGCACAGGUUCAAGGGCGACGGAUUCGGAUAAGUACGCGCAAGCAUUGCUUAGAGCGACGUCAUUGUCGGGAAGGCAGCCCAAGUUUCAUAAAAAUAAUAGCGACACAGAUUUGAAGAGUCUGCAGAUGAUGUGGGCGGAGAGAGAUCGCCUAAAUUCAGAUGAAAAAUUGUGCGAGGAUACCGGAGAGAUGGUAGCAUCAUCGGCUGCGGAGGUCAGUGACGCGAAUAAUCUUAGGGAACAAUUGUUCAGGAAGAUCGUUACCAAGAAGAGUUCGACGAACUUGAGCGUCAAGAAAAAAUCCAGCCUAGGAAGUAUGAUAAAGAUCUCGAAUGUAUUCACACGCCUGCACGAGCAAGGACACAGUAGCUCCGUUUCUCUGGAUAUUAGCAGUCACACUAAUAAUGCUACGUGCACCCAAGAGGGAACGUUGACAGAUAACGUCGACGGAAGAGUGCUGACCGUUAUUGACCGGUGGAUUACCCUCCAACCUCAGAAUUUUCAAAUCGAACCCGAAUUACGCAACCAAUUACAAGAAUUUUUGACCGAUGGAGUCUCGAACGCUGGUUUCCAAACUGAUGCUGAAAGAAUGCAAAAAAUCUUGUCGGACAUUCCGAGCCUCCCCUCCCCCUCACCUUCAGAGCACUUGGUUCAACCAAAGGUUUCCAACGAAAACUUCCAAAAAUCCCUCUCGCCGAAAAAACCUCCAACGCUUUAUGACUCGUCGCCACUAUUGGAAUUUAAUGCAAAAGACAUCGCCAUGUAUUUGACGCUAAUGGACUUCGACGCAUUAAAAUCAAUCACUUUCUUUGACUUUAUAACCGUGUGGUGGCGUAAGAGGCAAGCUUUUGAGACUGGUGGAAGUCCGAAUGCUGCGCUGCAAGAUCGGCAAUUCGGAUUAGAGGAAAACAGAUUGGAUGCUUUUACGAGGCGGUCUAACAUGUUAGGUCAUUGGAUAGAACAUGAGAUAUGUAGUUUAAGAACGGUCAAAGCAAGACGCACAAUACUCCAAAAAUUUAUUGAUACUGCAAAGUAUUGUCUCGAGUGGAACAAUUUUCACACUGCGAUGUUCAUCGCCUUGGCCUUGAAUUCACGACCAGUGCGUCGUCUCGAAAAAACUUGGGAGACACUGUCUCAUCAGGCGUUUUUGAACCUUCAGAGCAUAGAAGAGCUCAUUGAUUCCUCUGGAAAUAUGCGAAGAUAUAGAAACGCAUUGGCACAGGCCACGCCACCGAUAGUUCCAUUUUUCGGUAAGAUGAACAUCGACUUUAUUCAAAGAAAUAAUACAUUCCUUCCGGCCGGGCAUCAACGAGAAAAACAAUUCCGAAUACCAUCAACACCAACAGCCCCGGUCCCCGAAUACAAUCCCGAAUCUCGUGAAUUACCAAUGCCCGCAUCUGAUCCACAUUCAAAUAUAUCUAACGCUUCACCCGAAGAACAUCAACAACCAUUGAUUAAUUUCGAGAAAUUCCUGCUACUGAAAAAAAAUGUUUAUAAUAUCACAAGAUUCACUUCUAAAUCUUACCCAUUCGAAAAUCAGCUAUCUUCACAUUCACUUAACCAACAACAUAUAUCACAAGCAUUAAAUUCACCUAAUUUAAACGAUUCUCUCUCAUCGCCGCCGCAAAUGAACAUUGACAAUAAUAUAAUUCAUAACAAUAGUGAUUCCAACACCGGUGAUUUAACAGCACCACUAGAUUACAUCGGGAAAGUUAUAGAGAAUCGACUAUUUGAGGCAGCAGGGGCAAUGUUCGGUGGUAAUGUGGCAUCAAUCGCAAUGUCGGAUGGAGGCGAAUUAGAGGCCGAAUUAAUGGCAUUGUCACUAGAAGCCGAACCAAUAGCACAACAAUCUUAA